GUUAAACGUGUUGUUCAUUGCAGGAGUAGAUAUGGCUGCAGCGAUGUGGACUCGUCGAGGACGAAGCUCUGUGACCUCAGUGGGGAAAGUGAUUCGGUCCAAAUCCAGUCACAGCGCUGUAAAAUCUCAGUAUGACGCGCUGGUUAUCGGAGGAGGACACAAUGGACUUGUGGCAGCUGCCUAUCUUCAGAAGGGGGGGCUAAAGACAGCGGUACUGGAGCGCAGACAUGUGCUAGGAGGAGCAGCUGUUACAGAAGAGAUCUUCCCUGGUUUCCACUUUUCCAGGUGUUCCUACUUGCUCAGUUUGUUACGACCCCGCAUAUCUGCAGACCUGGAGCUCAAGAAACAUGGGCUGAAGGUGUAUAUGAGAGACCCAUAUAGUUUCACUCCCAUGUUAGAGGAGGGUGUGAAUGGUGCUCCACCAAGGUCUCUCACCCUGGGCUCAGAUUUGACCAUGAACCAAAAGGAGAUAGGCAAGUUCUCACAGAAGGAUGCUAAGUCUUUUCAAGAUUUCGCUGCACACCUGAACAAAAUAGUAGAAGCCAUUCACCCUCUCUUGGACGCUCCUCCUGUUGACAUCCUAGGCAUCACUGCUGGAUCACUGAGGAAGAGGCUGGGUGCAGCGACAACACUGCUGCCCGUCAUCAAAUGUGGUCUGCAGCUGGGCAGAAACAUUCCAGCCUUUUAUGAGGUUCUGACUGCACCAGCAACGAAGAUCCUCAAUCAGUGGUUUGAGUCGGAGCCAUUGAAAGCAACACUGGCUACUGAUGCUGUGAUAGGUGUCAUGACUAGUUCAAAUAACACCGGCAGUGGGUAUGUGCUCUUACACCAUGUGAUGGGAGAGCUGGAGAAGGCGAAAGGAGCAUGGGGUUAUGUGGAGGGAGGAAUGGGAAGCGUGUCUCAGGCGAUUGCUCGUGCUGCUCAGUCCUAUGGUGCAGAGAUAUUCACAGAGAAGGAUGUGGGACACGUCCUGCUUGGUUCAGAUGGUGCUGCCAGAGGGGUGGUGCUGAAGGAUGGCACGGAGAUACACAGUAAAGUUGUUUUAUCAAAUGCGACGCCACAUGUCACCUUUAAGAACCUAACGCCACAGGCUGCACUUUCUCCAGAGUUUAUCAAAGCCGUUGACCAGAUAGACUACACAUCACCUGUUACCAAGAUCAACGUGGCUGUGGACAAGCUACCAAACUUCCUUGCGUCUCCCACGGCAGACAAUAACCCCGGACCUCACCAUCAGUCCUCCAUUCAUCUUAACUGCGAAAGCACAGAAGUGCUGGAGACGGCAUACAGACAGGCCAUGAAUGGACGUCCCUCUGACAGACCUAUGGUGGAGAUGACCAUCCCCUCUGUGCUGGAUCCUACUUUGGCUCCCCCUGGCUGCCAUGUUGUGUCACUGUUCACCCAAUUUACCCCCUUCUACAUAGAAGGCCGGGAGUGGACGGCCAAGGACCGAGAGAGUUUUGCAGACACUGUAUUUGACUGGGUGGAGAAAUACGCCCCUGGGUUUAAAAGGUCGGUGGUGGGAAGAGACAUCUUGACUCCGCCUGACCUGGAGAGGAUCUUUGGGCUCACUGGAGGGAAUAUCUUUCAUGGAUCAAUGUCACUGGAUCAGCUCUACCUAGCACGACCUUUGCCCUUUCUCUCAGACUACCGCUCACCAAUAAAAGGCCUUUAUCUGUGUGGCAGUGGAUGUCAUCCAGGUGGCGGCGUGAUGGGCACUCCUGGAAUGAAUGCAGCGAGAGCGGUCAUUGCCGACCUUAAAACGUAGCUGAAAACACCUGACAUCGGUGCACGACCCCUUCAAGGCCCAACCUCUCCACAACCCAAGUCAUCGUGACUGUGACUGAUUCUGUCAGAUAUUUGACUUCAUGAAGUGUCCUUAAAUGUGGAUUAAGAGUGUCGAGCUGUGAUUAAGGGCUUUCAACUGUAGAGUGCAGCAGUACACCUCUCAAAGUACAUUCUGCUGAAAAUGAUCAUCAGAAGAAGAAAAAGAAGGGGAAGAAGAAAAAAACUGAACUUUUUUUUUACUUUUUAUGAAUAAAUUCAAGUGAUGUCAAGCA